CUGAUUAACACACGCGUGUAAAAUCAGUCUUGAUACACCAUAUCGAAAUCAGCAAAUGAUCACAGAUGUAUUUGUUUGCAACAAUCAUUCCAAAGAUAUUCGUAAGUGUUUGCUAAAAGCCGCUGAGCAGUGUUGUGUGUGGGACCUGGGAAGAUCAUUUAAUUGCUGGAAUGUAGACACAUGUGUCAGCACAACAAAAUUUCGUUCGUAACGUGAGAUAAGUGUGUGACGACUGCUGGUGAUCCAUUCGAUUGAUACGCAAACAACAUAAAACCUACAUGUUCCAGUACAAAGUCUCAUUAAGGUGAUAAAUAAAUAUGAACUACAUUGUGAGAAAAUCUGCCUCACGACGUUUAAUCUACACUUUAUUUCAUAUAUGAAGCUGUGGAUCUCUCAAAGUUCUCAAGGAAUUGUCAAAUAUUUUUUUAUCUCUUAUCAGAAACUGAUAUGUUGGAAUCGUGACAAAGUGAGAUGGCUGGAAGAGAACGGGAGGAAAGUGCCAAUCAGCUAGUAGGUGCGACGUCCAGGUUAGAUGAAGAAAGGAGGACGUGUUGGGUUUGCUUUGCCACUGAUGAUGAUGACAGUGAAGCAGAGUGGGUACAUCCUUGCAAUUGUCGUGGUACAACUAAGUGGGUUCAUCAGUCCUGCAUACAACGAUGGGUAGAUGAGAAACAAAAAGGAAAUCCUUCCGGCCGUGUUACUUGUCCACAAUGUGGAACAGAAUACAUAAUUUUAAUUCCUAAUGUGGGUACAGUGGUGUUUAUACUAGACACACUUGAUAGUAUUGUCAUAAAAGUGUGCCCUUUCAUGGCUGCUGGCAUUGUUGUUGGAUCCAUAUAUUGGACAGCAGUGACAUAUGGCGCAGUGACGAUCAUGCAGGUGGUAGGUCAGGAUGAAGGUAUGUCUGUAAUGGAAAAGGCGGACCCUUUUGUGCUGCUUUUUGGACUGCCUAUGAUACCUAUGGUAUUAAUUGUUGGAAAAACUCUUCACUGGGAGGAUGCUGUCCUAAAUUUUUUGCGACGACAUUCGUACAAAUUGCCUCUUCUUAAAUACAUUCUUCCAUCAGGGCCUUCAGAGGGAACACGGAGCAGUGUAGAAUUUCCUCCCAUGAAUGAUCCCGUUUCUGCAACACGGGUGCUUUGUGGAGCACUUUUGUUGCCAACUGUGGCAUCAUUAGUUGGAAACAUUUUCUUCGAAACUGUAGAGUCAAAUAUUCAUCGAACAUUGUUGGGUGGAUUGGCAUUCGUCGCUGUCAAAGGUGUGUUAAGAAUAUACCAUAAACAAAAACAGUAUGUUCGACAGACACGUCGCAGAAUAUUGGAUUACACGGAAGCGAAUCGUAACGCUGUCAGAAGGGAAGCAGGAGCAGCUAAUCACUGAAGUCACUGUCAGGUUAUUGACUGAGAAUUGGCAGUUCCUUGCUGUUUGCAUAUUGUUGCAAAUUAAAAUUUCAAGUAACUGGUAUGAAACUUGCAGAGUGUGAGCCAGGUGAUGAAUCGAAUAACAAAAUUGUCCAUGAUAAAGUGUUUAGUGAUAACUUUGUUUACAAUUGUUACUGUAAAAUAAAUUAAAAUAUAUGAAA